GCCGCCGCCGCCGCCGACAGCGUUUUUCUUGUGCCUUUGCAGGGUGUUGGUGUGCGACUGCGCGUCCUGAAUUAAGCUCCUGAUUGUUGCUAGGUCUCGGCGUUCCUGAGGAUUAGCCUUGCUCCAAGUCCACCAAGGGUAGGAGGACCCGAGCAAGAUGCCCACCUCAUACACUCUGCACCCGGAGAAUGGAAGUGCAUGCCUUUAACCCCAGUACCGGGGAGACUGAGGCUGGAGGAUUGCCUCGAGUUGAGGGCCAGUGUGACAAGCCAGAGAGUGACUCGAGUCUAAAGCAGAGCGCGUCCCAGGACUUGAGCGCGGGAGCCGAAUGGAUCCAGGGUCCUUGGACAGCACCCCUCCCGGCCAGCCGGAGCGGGCUACCAUCCUACACUCUGGGUGCUCGCUCCUCCUCCCGUCCCCGCGCACCCCUGCUCUGGAUCCUGGAGCUCGGCAGUCUCGCUGGGACGCUGCGGGAGGCAGGGCAGGGCGGCGUCCGCUUUAGUGAUACCAUGAAUGGUUCGGGCAGCCAGGGGGCGGAGGACACGCGCCAGGACGGUGGCGGCGGCUGGCACCCGGAAGCGGUCCUCGUGCCCCUAUUUUUCGCGCUCAUCUUCCUCGUGGGCACUGUGGGCAACGCGCUGGUGCUGGCGGUGCUGCUGCGCGGCGGCCAAGCGGUCAGCACCACCAACCUGUUCAUCCUCAACCUGGGCGUGGCCGACCUGUGUUUCAUCGUGUGCUGCGUGCCUUUCCAGGCCACCAUCUAUACCCUGGACGAUUGGGUGUUCGGCUCGCUGCUCUGCAAGGCCGUCCAUUUCCUCAUCUUCCUCACUAUGCACGCCAGCAGCUUCACGCUGGCCACCGUCUCCCUGGACAGGUAUCUGGCCAUCCGCUACCCGCUGCACUCCCGAGAGUUGCGCACACCUCGAAACGCGCUGGCGGCCAUCGGGCUCAUCUGGGGGCUAGCGCUGCUCUUCUCCGGGCCCUACCUGAGCUACUACAGUCAGUCGCAGCUGGCCAACCUGACGGUGUGCCACCCAGCAUGGAGCGCACCUCAGCGUCGCGCCAUGGACCUCUGCACUUUUGUCUUUAGCUACCUGUUGCCCGUGCUGGUCCUCAGCCUGACCUACGCGCGUACCCUGCACCACCUCUGGCGCACAGUCGACCCAGUGGCUACAGGCUCAGGUUCCCAGCGCGCCAAGCGCAAGGUGACGCGGAUGAUCGUCAUCGUGGCGGUACUCUUCUGCCUCUGUUGGAUGCCCCACCACGCGCUUAUCCUCUGCGUGUGGUUUGGUCGCUUCCCGCUCACGCGUGCCACUUACGCGCUGCGCAUCCUUUCACACCUAGUUUCUUAUGCCAACUCGUGUGUCAACCCCAUUGUUUACGCUCUGGUCUCCAAGCAUUUCCGCAAAGGUUUCCGCAAAAUCUGUGCCGGCCUGCUGCGCCGCGCCCCGAGGCGAGCUUCAGGCCGAGUGUGCAUCCUGGCGCCUGGGAACCACGGUGGCAGUAGGCUGGAACAUGAGUCCACAGACCUGACACAGGUGAGCGAAGGAGCCGGACCCCUUGUCCCAGCACCCGCACUUCCCAACUGCACAGCCUCAAGUAGAACCCUUGAUCCAGCCUGUUAAAGGACCAACGGGCAUCUAACAGCUUCUGGACAGUGUGACCUGAGGAUACUCGGGGGUUGUGCUUGGAUCUUACAGGGUUGCAGCUAAAGACCGAGGAUUGUAGGGAACCUUCUCUAUUAUUAAAUUGCACGGACUGCGAGAGUGGUGACAUAGCCCUUCAAUCCUAGCACCUGGGAAGUGGAGCAGGGGCAGAAAACCAGCCAGCUUGAGGACUGCUCAAACUACCUGAGAUCAGUUUGUACAAUAAAAAAUUGAAAAGGCGGGGCUGGAGAGAUGGCUUAGCGGUUAAGAGCACUGAGUGCUCUUCCAAAGGUCCUAAGUUCAAAUCCCAGCAACCACAUGGUGGCUAACAACCAUCUGUAAUGAGAUCAGAUGCCCUCCUCUGGGGUGUCUGAAGAUAGCUACAGUGUACUUACAUAUAAUAAAUAAAUCUUAA